AUGAAUCACAGACAUGAAGAAACUAUGAAGAAAAUCAGUGUGGUGAACCUUGAUAAACUCUUAGAUAACUUCUCAGAGAUAGAAAAGAAGAUAUCAGAAAUUAAUGAAGCAAAUAACCUAUUGGUUCUUCAGCUGGAAAAAUGUAACAGGUUGUUAACAUUAAGCCAAUCCAAGGAGGAAUCAGAAAAAGAAGAAUGUACUACUCUACAGAAUGUGAUAAGGGGUCUAACACAAACCAUUGAGAACCAGUGUAAUGUGAAAGAUGAAAAUGAUAGACUGAAGGGUACCAUUCACAUCUUAGAAGAGAAAUUAAAGGCUUGCGAACAGGAAUAUAAAGAUCAGAUUGAGAAACUUAUGAUAGAAAUUAAAAACAAAGAGGAAGACCACAAAUUAGAAAUAACACAGUUGAAUUGCAAUAUAAGAAAAAAAUUUGAAGUAAAAGAAGAGGAGUAUAGAGAACAGAGAGAGAAAAAAGAACUGGAAAUAUUAGAGCUAACUAGACAGCUGAAAAUUCAAAAUGAAGAGAAGCAGAAUGAAAUAAUUAAACUGCAGAUAGAGUUCAAUGCUAAAUUAGCAAGAAUUCAGAAUAAAACAACAAAAUCAUUUUCAGAUGCUUCCGUCUUGCCCCAAAGUAUCUAUCGAAGGAAGCUGCAGCAUCUCCAGGAGGAGAAAAACAAGGAAAUUGAAAUUCUCCGAAACACCAUAAGAGACUUAGAGCAACGUCUUCAUAAAGGCCAGGACUUGCACUUCAAACGGAGGCGAUUUUGAGUAAAUGACAUGAAGUAUUUCAGUAUCACAUACAAUGCGAAAUAGCAACAGUAGAUUUCAAAGUGUGCACCUAAAAGUGAAAACAAAACAUGAAGAAAUACAGAAUAUUUUUUAUUGAAAACACUCUUGUCAAACAUUCCAAAGGCAUGCGUUCAGUGUAUAUUCAGUACUACUUUCUUGCUAAUCAGCAUUCACGAUAAAAAGAUUCAGGUUUGGUAGGAGUAAUAAUUUCCCUAUUAAACCUUCAUUAAUUAUGGUGUACACUCUCAAAGCAGUUUUCCUUUCUUGAAUAUUCUCUUCUUCAUCCAGGAAUCCUUCGAACAACUAUAUUUUUACUUCAACUCAGUUAAUCAAAGGUUAGGAAUGCUAAGAUACAGACAGAGACGUUAUACAAGUUUAUGUGGUAUAUUACCUUACUAAUCAAUACAGACUUAUCAAAUUCAGCACUGCUACAAACAAAGAUAAACAUUAAACCAAGAUUAAAUUUGUUCUACCCCUCCCUCUUUUUGAUACUGAUUCUGCAUGAAGAGUUGUUAACACUGCUUCUCACUUUAGGCACAAUCUUACUGAUUUAGUGGGAUUUUACAAGCUGUACUAGUAUGUAUUAAUGGACCCUGAUACCAUAGCUAGGCCACAAAAGUUAAGCAUAUAAAUCUGUUACUUUAAAAUAAUGCAAUUACUGCUUGUAUCUUGCAUUUGAGAUAAAAAGUUAUUUUGGCACGUUGCUUAGGAAUAAGCUUUUCUUGUACAUAAUUUGUAUCCCUAGGUCAGGAAAAAAAAACCCCAAACCUUUUGAAUAUAUUCCAUUUUCUUAAUAAAAAAUGAUUAAAAUAUCUGUUUUGGUUAUCUUCUAUUCUUGAUUGCAAAACAUCAGACAGGAGCCCCUAGGUCAUAGUUUAUGCUCCUGUCCUCACAAAUGCAAGCAGAAUGUUAGAAGAGAAACAAGAAAGACAAAUUAAUCAAGAAUGCAGACACCUUACCAGUGCAACUGAAAAACAAACUACAGGUCAAUUAAAUUCCUUUAAGUUAUGAAGCUUUUCACUGAUGGAAUUUGACAGGUAUUGUGUAAUCCUAAGAGCACUGCUCUAGAACUCUAUUUCUUUGCAGUAUUUUAACCCUACACACCUGUCUUAGUAUAAUUUUUAAUUGAGGGCAAUAAAAACACUUAAUCUGUUAAUUUUUCCACUCUUGCAACUAUAUGAAUUUAGCUAGUAGGGCUCCCUUGCAUUUUUAAGGUGCUUAGUUUGUUUUUCAGGCUCAGUUUCUUGCUUUUUCCUGUC